AUGACUAACUCUGUUUAUUCUUCAGGUCUUUUUGGUUUUAGAGCCAUCUUGCCAGUUUUUGUGAAGGAUGGAGAUUCAGUCACUCUACACACUGAUGUUAAAACAGAACGACAAAAAUAUAUUAAAUGGUAUUUUAAUGGCAUUCAAGUGGCUGAAAUCACUGGAGAUCUCAGUUUUAUCUGCACAGAUGUUCAGUGUAAAGAUGGUGAAGAGAGAUUCAGAGACAGAGUGAAGCUGGACAAUGAAACUGGAUCUCUGACCAUCAUCAACAUCACAAACACAGACUUUGGACUCUAUAAAGUGCAGAUCAUCAACAGCAGCACAAUCAGUGAAAAGACCUUCUUUGUUGCUGUAUAUGGUGCUCCUGCUGUUAAACCAGAUGAAAUGUCAGUGGAGGAGGGAGAGUCUGUCACUUUAGAUCCUGGUGUAAUAAAAAACCAGAAUGAUUUGCUGACAUGGUAUUUUAAUGACAUUCUCAUCGCUGAAAUCAAUGAAGAUCAGUGUAAGAUCUGUACAGAUGAACAGUGUAAAGAGAGAUUCAGAGACAGACGUUUUUCCAGUGUUGGUACAGAUGAAGUGUCAGUGUCUGUGACAGAGGGAGAUUCAGUCACUCUACACACAGAUGUUGAAACAAACCAGCAAGACAUAAUAGGGUGGUAUUUUAAUGGUAUUUACAUCGCUGAAAUAAGUGAAGAUCCCAGUAAGAUCUGUACAGAUGAUCAGUGUGAUGAAAGAUUCAGAAACAGACUGAAGCUGGAUCAUCAGUCUGGAUCUCUGACCAUCACAAACACCACAACCAGAGACUCUGGAGUUUAUAAACUACAGAUCAUCAACAGCAGAAUCAGUCAAAAGAUAUUCAUUGUUGCUGUAUAUGAUGCUCCUGAAAAAUAUGAAAUGAAUAGAAAGUCAGUGAAGGAGGGAGACUCUGUCACUUUAGAUCCUGCUGAAAUAAAAAACCCAAAUGAUUUGAUGAAGUGGUAUUUUAAUGCCAUUCGCAUCGCUGAAAUCACUGGAGAGCAGAGUGAGAUCUGUACAGAUGUUCAGUGUAAAGAGAGAUUCAGAGACAGACUGAAGCUGGAUCAUCAGUCUGGAUCUCUGACCAUCAUGAACACCAGAACCAGAGACUCAGGAGUUUAUAAACUAGAGAUUACCAGCAGCAACAGCAACAUCAGUAUCAGCGUCAUUAAGAGCUUCAGUGCUACUGUCACUAGAUUCCCUAGAGUCAUAGGAGCAAUAGACUGCACACAUGUUGCAAUCUCCACAGCUCUUGGAGAACAUGAGGCAGAUUAUGUGAAUAGAAAGUCCUUUCACAGCCUCAAUGUUCAGCGCUUUGAGGAAGGGCUUUUUGAUGGCCUGUUGACAAGGCCACAAAACAGGUUCAAUGUGGCCCUCAGUAAAACCAGGGUCAAGAUUGAGAUGACCUUUGGCAUCCUAAAGGCACGUUUCAACUGCCUUUGGCGGUUAAGGGUGUCACCAGAGCGGGCAUCACAGAUAGUGGCUGCAUGUGCCAUUCUGCACAAUAUAGCCACUAUCAGAAAGGAGCAAGCACCACCACUAAACCAGCUUCUCCCCGAUGAAAUUGACCCAAUCACACUUGACCACCCAGCUGGCGCAGCUGUCAGAGAUGCAGUCACCAUACAAUAUUUUACUUAA